GUCACUAACCCGCGACUAGCACCAAGAGCAAAAUAAAAGCUAGUUUAGCUGAAACACAAACAAUCACGCGACAGAAAUGUCUUUAGAGCGCCUUAUUCGUGACUUGAACAUUAAAUGUGACACCGAGGACGUCAGCGUGGUUUCUGUUCUUCGUGAGAUCCGACAACGCUUUGAGGACAUUAAUUGUGACCAUGUGAACAUCCUGAGGGUCACAGCUGAGGUGCUGAGGCUCAGCUCUCUGUCCUGGAUGUUCCCUGAGUUCAGCUCGUGUUUACGGAGCACUUAUGUGGACUUGGUGAUGUCCUGCACUCAGUACGCAGCUUUGCCUCUGUGUGACUCAGACAGUGGGACUUUAGCAGAGAGCAGAUAUGAACAGAUCCCAGUCAAAGCCCUGGCUGUGGGGGAAACCCUCCUGGUGCUGAUCUCUCGGCUCAGAGAGGCGGUGACAUGUGGAGCUUCAGGCUCAGAGGCUCUGGUUCACACACUCAGCCCUGUGCUGUGUGUCUUCUCCGUCACACACAUACAGAAGCACCCGUGGACUGAUGAGUUGUCCAGGAGAUGUGCUCUGGAUCUUCUACACCACACUGUCAUAGCUGCUGGAAGCCUCUCGGUGCAGGAGCUGCUGUGUGGAAGUGAUGGAGCUGCAAACACUGGGAUCCUGGGAUCCAUCCUGGACUCGCUGCAGCCUGACAUGACCAAGGAAAACUGGAAGAGAAACGAAGCGGUGAAACACGUCUUCUCCUGGCUGCUGGUGCAGGUCGGCCGUCCCUGUUUAACCCGCUACUUGGACAAGGUCUUUCCUCUUUCUCUGCUCAUAUCGGACGACCACCGCACGGAGAACAAGGUCCUCGGAGUGCACUGCCUUCAUCACAUCGUCCUUCAUGUGCCUGCUGCUGAUUUGAGGCAGUUUAACCGAGCUCAGGUGCUCUACGACGCUCUCUACAAUCACCUGUACAUGUCUGAAGCGCCUCUCAUACAGGUGGUUUUACCAUGUCUUAUAGAUUUACUCUCGGUCCUCGAGAAGCCUCUUAGCAUCUCAGGAUUACCCAGAACUCCAAACCGCCACGACAGUGUUCUCCGGCUCAUAUUAACACACAUGGAAAUGGAGCACAAACUCGCACUGCGCCGGAUCUACGCCAGCAAUCUACCGACGUUCGUCGAAAAGAUGGGGAUAGGCAUCGCUCGGCACCUGAAGAGGCUGGAGAGGGUGAUUGUGGGAUAUCUGGAGGUCUCAGAUGGACCGGAAGAGAAAGCCAGGCUCAGCAUUCUGGAGGUGUUAGAGAGGACGAUACAGGUCGCCUGGCCGAGGAUGGAGUGUAGGCUGUCUAUACUAACCAGAAGCUUGCUCCGGUUCCUGGUGGACGUCUCUUCAGAGCCUCUGUCUCCUGACAUCACAGAGGAGCUGUUGAAGCGAGCGUCACGCUGCCUCCUCCUGCUGGACCGCUGCUCACAGGGCAGACUCAGGGCGGAGCUGAACGAGGUGAACAGCAGCUGUGUGUGUGAGCGAGCGUUAAAAUGCAUCCGGGAGGCGACGCAGGCCGAGCGUGUGUGAGCUGAACGCUGCGAUUCCUCACGCUGGGGAUCUGAAGCCAGCAGGAACUCGAACCAACACAUAAAAAUCCUCGUCAUGACAUUAUUAACAUCAUCAGGUUGGUUUUAACGGACAGAUGAAUAAACGCAGUCUUCAGGGACGUCUCCCACACGUCGGCUCAAGCGAAAGCAGUUCAAAUCUCUAGGAUUUUCUCUAAUCUUUAGACUAUAAAUGGAUCUAAUUUUCCUGAUGCUGCGUCUCGUAUUAAAAGUCUAAAUGAUCUCCUGAAACAGACCUUAAACACAACACACACACAAACUGCAGAUUGUGAUUUAAAAAAGGUUGUUUUUUUAUAGGAAAUGUUGUUGUAUACAAUAAACAAUGUUUUUAAAUCGUCUCCACACACGGAAACAAAGUCACUCUGGUCUGCUGAGUGUUGAGAGAUUGUGUGUGUGUGUGUGUGUGUGUGUGUGUGUCUCUCUCUCUCGCUCUCUCUCUACAAGGCCUUGCUCUUGGCCGCCGGCUCCUGCUCGUACUCGAUCUCCACGUACGCUCGUUUCUUCCUCACCGGUCCCUUCAGUGGAGUCUUUCCUUUAGACUUCACUCUGGACUUUUCCUCUUCCUCCACUUCUGCCUCCAUUUCCUCUUCCGAUUCCUCCUCCUCGCUUGAGCCGUCUUCAUCCUCUUCCUCUUCAUCGCUGGCCUUUAAGUUGUUCAUAUCCUGUGUGUGAAAGUGCGACUGCUUUAGUGUCCAGUUUAAAGUGUCUCGAAGAAGAAGAAGAGAGAAAAAAAAAAACUCACCUCAAAAUCACUGAUGUCGCUUUCUUCAAACUCGUCGUCUGCGACAAAUUCUCUCUUCCCUGCUUCCUACACACACACACACACACACACACACACACACACACACGUAUGUAAAACACAAAGCACCGAUUAAAUAUUAACUGAAAUACAUUAUUAUUAUUAUUCUCAGAAUAUCAUCUCAUUUUAUAUCCGCUCUCACUCACCUCGUCCUCCUCUUCUUCCUCCUCCUCGUCUUCCUCCUCCUCUUCCGUCUCACUCUCUACAUCCUGUUUCUCCAGAGCUUUAUCGAAUGCGUGGAUGGGGAAGUUGUAGAUGUCUCCGUACUGAAAUCGACAUCAAAUCAAUCCAUGUAUUAACCA